GUGCCGGCCCCGGCGCCCGGCUCGGCUCAGCUGUUCUCUGCGGCAGCGGCACCGCGCGGGGCCGAGCCCAGCCCAGCCCAGCCGAGCGGGGCCGGGCGGAGCGGAGCCGAGCGGGGCCGGGCCGGGGGGAGCGGAGCGGGGCUGAGCGCGGCCGGAGCGGGCGGAGCGGAGCCGAGCGGGGCGCAGCGCGGAGCCGGGCGCGCCCGGGCGCGGAGGAGCCGCCGAGCGCAGCCAUGAGCCGCCGUGUGGUGCGCCAGAGCAAGUUCCGGCACGUGUUUGGGCAGCCGGUGAAGGCAGACCAGAUGUACGAGGACAUCCGUGUCUCCAAGGUGACAUGUGACAGCUCCUUCUGCGCUGUCAACCCCAAGUUUGUGGCCAUCAUUGUGGAGUCCGGUGGUGGUGGGGCCUUCAUUGUCCUGCCUCUUGCUAAGACAGGACGGGUGGACAAGAACCACCCGCUGGUGACAGGACACACGGCGCCCGUGCUGGACAUCGACUGGUGUCCCCACAAUGACAACGUCAUCGCCAGCGCCUCGGAGGACACCACCGUCAUGGUGUGGCAGAUCCCUGACUAUGUCCCCGUGCGCAACAUCACGGAGCCUGUGGUGACACUGGAGGGACACUCCAAGCGGGUGAGCAUCAUCUCCUGGCACCCCACCGCCCGCAACGUCCUGCUCAGCGCAGGCUGUGACAACCUGGUGAUCCUCUGGAAUGUGGGGACUGGGGAGAUGCUGCUGGCUCUGGAUGACAUGCACACUGACCUCAUCUACAACGUGGGCUGGAACCGCAACGGCAGCCUCCUCGUCACCACCUGCAAGGACAAGAAGGUCCGUGUCAUCGACCCCCGCAAGCAGCAGAUCAUAGCGGAGAAAACCAAACCGCACGACGGCACCCGCCCCAUCCGUGCCAUCUUCGUGGCCGAUGGCAAGAUCUUCACCACGGGCUUCAGCAGGAUGAGCGAGCGGCAGCUGGGCCUCUGGGACCUGGAGAGGUUUGCCCCCCACGAAGGGCUGAGGCCUGUGCGGGCCAUCUUCACACGGGAAGGACACAUCUUUACCACGGGCUUUACCAGAAUGAGCCAGCGGGAGCUGGGCUUGUGGGACCCGAACAACUUUGAGGAGCCCAUUGCUCUGCAAGAGAUGGACACAAGCAAUGGGGUCCUGCUGCCCUUCUAUGAUGCCGAUUCCAGCAUUGUCUACCUCUGCGGGAAGGGUGACAGCAGCAUCCGCUAUUUCGAGAUCACGGAUGAGGCGCCCUAUGUGCACUACCUGAACACCUACAGCAGCAAGGAGCCCCAGCGGGGCAUGGGCUUCAUGCCCAAGCGUGGGCUGGAUGUCAGCAAGUGUGAGAUCGCCAGAUUCUUCAAGCUGCACGAGCGCAAGUGUGAGCCCAUCGUCAUGACGGUGCCACGCAAGUCAGACCUCUUCCAGGAUGACCUGUACCCCGACACGCCAGGCCCCGAGCCAGCCCUGGAGGCAGAUGAGUGGCUGUCAGGGAAGGACGCAGAGCCCAUCCUCAUCUCGCUGCGGGAUGGGUACGUCCCCAUCAAGAACCGGGAGCUGAAGGUGGUCAAGAAGAACAUCCUGGACAGCAAACCCCCGCCAGGCCCCCGACGCAGCCACUCCACUUGCGACUCUGACUUCUCUCAGCCAGCCUUGGAGGAGGUGCUGGAGGAGAUCCGUGCCCUCAAGGAGACGGUCCAAGCGCAGGAGAAGCGCAUCUCCGACCUGGAGAACAAACUCUGCCAGUUCACCAACGGCACGGACUAGCUCGGUGGCCACGGCCACCACCACGGGCAGGGCCAGGACUGCCCCGGCCUCCCGGGGAUUAAAGCCGAGUCCCCACCUUGGGCAGGAGCCCGGAGCCGUGUCCUUUCCCCAGGAGCCGAGGGGGCAGGGAGGGGUCGGACCCUGACCCCGCCUGUGCUGGCAUCAGUCGCAUCCUGCUCCCGCAGCAGCCGAGGGGGUCCUGCUUCAGUGCCCGCAGGCUGGGGCUGCCGAGCAUCCCUCCGCAGGGACCCGCACGCUGAGCACCAGCAUCCUCCCAGGACAGGGAGCUGCCGGCCCCCCCCGGCCAGGAUGCGCUUGUGUACGGUGCUACACCCCCACUCCAUCACCCCCUCACCUCCCCCUGCCCCAUCGGCCCCUCGGCGGGCGCUCCCACCCGGCUCUUUGCUCCUGGACCCCUUUAAUAAAGGGCUCAGCCACCCUUG